AUGACUAACGAUCCCAGCCCGUUGGAGUUGUUGGAGCGGGUGAGGAGGGAGGAGGGGAGGGUGCUGUACGCGGCGGCGCCGAUGGUGCGGUAUAGUAAGCUGGCGUUCAGGGAGACGGUGGCGCGGGUGGGGGGCGUGGAUCUCGUGUGGACGCCGAUGAUUCUGGCAAAGGAGUUUAAUCGCAGUGCGUUAGCCCGAGACAGCGAUUUCACCCUCGCCCCCUCACCAACCCCGACCAUCGUCCAGCUAGGCGUCAACUCCCCCCAGGAGAUGCACCGCAGCACCCUCCUCCUCGCGCCCCACGUCAACGGCAUCGACAUCAACUGCGGCUGUCCCCAGUCCUGGGCCUGCGCCGAAACCCUCGGCGCCGCCCUCAUGCACCAGCCGGCCCUCGUCUCCGCGCUCGUCCGCUCCGCCAAGUCCGCGCUCGCCUCCCUCGGUCUGCAAGGGCGCAAGACGGUCAGCGUGAAGAUCCGCGUCCACGCCGCCAUCCACGAGACGCGGGCUUUCGUGCGCGCCGUCGAGGACGCCGGCGUCGAUUUCAUCACGGUGCACGGCCGGACGAGGAGCACGCCGAGCAGCAAGCCCGUGGAUCUGGACGCCAUCCGCGCCGUGAAGGCCGCGGCCAGGGUCCCCGUGCUCGCCAACGGGGACGUGUUCACGCUCGCCGACGUGCGGCGGGUGGUCGAGGCGACGGGUGUGGACGGCGUGAUGAGUGCGCGGGGCCUGCUGGAGGACCCGGGGCUCUUUGCCCAUCAUCAUCAUCAUCAUCAUCCUCAUCAUCCCGAACCCGCCGCACCCGCCGCACCCGCCGAGCCCGCCGCUGCCGAGGAGAGGCGGCGACGCUGGAAGGUCCUCGAGCACUUCGUCAUCCAAGUCAUCCGCGCCCCGAUCCCGUUCAAGCUAGUCGUGCACCACCUAAGCGAGAUGGGGAGCAGCGAUCGCGAGCGGAAGGGCAGUCUAUUCAGCAAGGAAGAGAAGGCGCGGCUGAUGGAGUGCAAGACGAUGCUGGAGCUCCUCGACUGGUUAGACGAGCUGGGUGAUGGGAGGGAGAUUAGGCGGUGA